CCCUAGAAGACUACACCAUGGGUCCCUCUUCGUCCAGAUCGUCCGUGAGCAGCUGGGAUCAAGGGGAGCAGUGCAUGCUGGGGCCUGUAGUUUCUUCACGGUCCUGCAUAGUCCCAGAUGGCGCGUUGCAUGCCGGGAAACGCACCUCCGGGUUUUCUGGGACCCGGCAGCUUGGCUCGGGCUGCUUGUGGACCUUUAUCGUGGCGGCGAAGGCCCAGAGAGGGGAGGCCGAGGCAAUGGAUGUGAAUCAGCCGAAGCAAGAGCAUCUGCUAGCCCUGAAAGUGAUGAGGUUAACCAAACCUACGUUAUUCACCAAUAUUCCAGUGACUUGUGAAGAGAGAGACUUGCCAGGAGAUCUGUUGAAUCAACUCAUGAAAGAUGACCCUUCCACUGUAAAAGGAGCAGAAACUUUAAUGCUAGGAGAAAUGUUGACUUUGCCUCAGAACUUUGGAAAUAUAUUUCUGGGAGAGACCUUUUCCAGUUACAUUAGCGUACAUAAUGACAGUAACCAAGUUGUCAAGGAUAUAUUGGUAAAGGCUGAUCUUCAGACAAGUUCUCAGCGAUUAAAUCUUUCAGCUUCCAGUGCUGCAGUGGCAGAACUUAAAUCUGACUGUUGCAUUGAUGAUGUUAUUCACCAUGAAGUAAAGGAAAUAGGAACACACAUCUUAGUAUGUGCAGUAAGUUAUACUACACAGACAGGAGAGAAGAUGUACUUCAGGAAGUUCUUCAAAUUCCAGGUUCUCAAACCACUAGAUGUGAAAACAAAGUUCUAUAAUGCUGAGAGUGACCUCAGUUCUGUGACAGAUGAAGUAUUUCUGGAAGCUCAGAUUCAGAAUAUUACAACCUCUCCGAUGUUUAUGGAGAAGGUUUCAUUAGAGCCAUCUAUUAUGUACAACGUAGCAGAACUAAAUACUGUCAACAAAGCUGGGGAAAGUGUCUCUACAUUUGGUUCAAGGACGUAUUUACAACCUAUGGAUACUCGUCAGUAUUUAUACUGCCUAAAACCCAAGCAGGAAUUUGCAGAGAAAGCUGGAGUGAUUAAAGGUGUAACAGUAAUUGGAAAACUAGACAUCGUAUGGAAAACAAAUUUAGGUGAACGGGGAAGGUUGCAGACCAGCCAGCUCCAAAGAAUGGCCCCAGGCUAUGGUGAUGUAAGACUUUCUUUGGAGACAAUACCAGAUACUGUAAAUCUGGAAGAGCCUUUUGACAUUACGUGUAAAAUAACAAAUUGCAGCAGUGAAAGAACUAUGGAUCUGGUUUUGGAAAUGUGCAAUACUAAUUCCAUCCACUGGUGUGGAGUUUCAGCAAGACAGCUUGGAAAGCUACACCCCAGUUCAUCCCUCCAUCUUGCACUUACACUAUUGUCUUCAGUACAGGGACUACAAAGUGUGUCUGGCUUAAGACUAAUGGACACGUUUUUGAAGAGAACAUACGAAUAUGAUGAUAUUGCACAAGUCUGUGUAAUUUCUUCAAAAGUAAAAGAAGAACAUUGAAGAAAAAUCCUUUUAACAUUUCCCCUGGGGUUUUUUGGACCAACUUCCUAAAUUUUACAUCUGACUGAUGGCAAAAUCAUGUUUAAAACAUCUGCAAACAAUAUAAAUAUGUUUAUUUAUUUGUGUCUUCUGUGAGUAUUUUUGGAAUGUUUUAAAAAUGUUUUAAAGAGAUAACUACACAUAUUUUAUCUAUUAUUUGAAAGUAAAAUCUUUAAAGUCUGAAAA